GGUAGCGUUGACGGCUUCUUCGGCGCGAAGAUUCGUCAAGUCGGGAAGGAACAGGGUGACGGAGAUCUGUCUCCCGAAACCACCAAAGGGAUGUCUUCGAAGGGAGUAACUGCCAUCUCGCUCACCGUGUGGUGUCUGCUCACCAUGACGGCCGCGGAAUCCUCGGUGUACCAAGAGCCCGAAGAUGGGCUUAAUGAGACGGUAAAUUGUGCGAAUGACCAGAUGGAGCUGAUCAUACCCAGCGUCUUCUUCCUCAGCAAAGUGCCCCCAGUUUCUGUCUGGGAUCUGCACCUGAAUGACCCAGAAUGCCGCGGUGUCGAGAUCAACGACAAUUACGUGUUCAGAGUCAAGACGAACCUGUCGGACUGUGGCACCGUCACGGUUUCGGACAACAUGCACAUCAUGUUCAUUAACACCAUCCGCAAUAACGACUCAGAUAUCAUCACGAGAAGCUACGUCAACAUCACCUUUGGCUGCCGCUAUCCCAUAAAUUACGUGGUCCAGCAGCCCAAUGGGGAAAACAUGGUCAAAGUGGACAUCAGGACAAUCACUCUGAGCACAGAAGAUGGGAACUUUUCUGUGGCCCUGAUGCUGUACAAAGAUGAGAACUUCGAGGACAAGUGGACCACCGUUCCUUUCCUGACACUGGAGGACAUCAUAUACGUGAAGGUCUUCAUGAUACCUGCUCAUCUCACGCUGCGGUUAGAGAGAUGCUGGGCUACUCCGACCAAUGAUCCGUCCAGCGACGUCGAGUACAUCUUCAUCAAGGACAGCUGCCCCGUGGUUGCAAACGAGCAGACUCUGACAGUCCUGAGGAACGGUCGAGGAUCAGAGGCCCUCUUCCACAUCCAGAUGUUCAAGUUUGUGGGCAACGCGUACAAGGACGUCUUCCUGCACUGUAACGUGCAGAUCUGCCACAACACAGCCGGAUCCUGCCAGCCUAACUGUUCUGGGGAAGGUGCGAUGGCCCGGACAAGGAGGGAUCUCACAAUGUCCCAUACGGUGUCUUACGGACCAAUCAGAAGGCUGAUGGACAACAGGGGCAAGGCAAGCUUCAAUGCUGGUGGCCUACCGCCUGUGGAGACCUUUGUCCUGGGGGGUCUGCUGUUUAUCCUGCUCCUCGUCACGGCGGUCUUCGGGAAGCUUUGGCUCCGGACCAGGUGGUCCUAUCCCACACAGGAAGCACAGCUUACCUUGUCUAACGUCCAUCACCUCUCUGAGGUGGCUUCCUGACGUUUAACCGGCCCACACAAGCUCCUAUAGAGUCAUACAUAUUCUCUGCGCCAGACAAAAUUUCCAGAUUAUGAACCUUGUUGCCCUUUGCGCAUUUCUGUACAGUGGAUUAUAUUAAUCAGACUAAUUAACAAGGCUGGGAUGAUGUUUAGGAUUAAAACUGGAGUAGUAUGUAAAGGUUUGUUACCUAGUUUUCUUUCGCUUUUCAAGUUAUUUUUCUUUUUUCAAAUAUUUUUAUGAAAUCAAUAUAUAUUUUAUAGAUCAGAUUUUACCGGACAGAGUGUGUUUUAUUUUAUUUUAGAUCUCAAAAAAAAAAAAAAAAACAUGGAAUGGAAAAUUAAAAUAAAGGUGUAAGGGACUAGCGAUAAGUGGUGGAACCUUUUUCUUGAAAAAAUAAAGCAAUAAAAAUUCACGGAUAUUUAAUCAGGUUUAAAUUUGGUGUUUCAAAAAUGUCAUUAUGUAAUAAAAAAUAUUUCUGUCACCAGA